AUGACCAACACAAAGGGAAAGAGGAGGGGCACCCGCUCUAUGUCCUCUAGCCCCUUUAGAAAACAUGGAGUUGUUCCUUUGGCCACAUACAUGCGAAUCUACAAAAAAGGUGAUAUUGUAGACAUCAAGGGAAUGGGCACUGCUCAAAAAGGAAUGCCACACAAAUGUUACCAUGGCAAAACUGGAAGAGUCUACAAUGUAACCCAGCAUGCUGUUGGCAUUGUUGUAAACAAACAAGUUAAGGGCACAAUUCUUGCCAAAAGAAUUAAUGUGCAUAUCGUGCAUAUUAAGCACUUUAAGCGCGGAGACAACUUCCUGAAACGUGUGAAGGAAAAUGAGCAGAAAAAGAAGGAAGCCAAAGAAAAAGUGACUUGGGUUCAGCUGAAGCACCAGACUGCUCCAGCCAGAGAAGCUCACUUCGUGAGAACCAAUGGAAAGGAGCCUGAACUGUUGGAACCCAAUCCUUAG